CACCCAAAACUGGCAGGUGGACCCGCGUAUGGCCCGUUCGGUUUCAGCCGCACAAUCCUACCUGCCGCCGCCGCGCCAGCGUCUCCUCCGGCCAACGGACGGCCGACUUGCUCCCCCAUUCCGCCGGCACUUUUCCGACUGCCUCCUCCAGCGGAUUCCCUCCUUCAGCUGCGGACGCCGCCGAAUCUGCUCUCGGCUCGACUCCUUUAGGAGAAGCGGCGGCACACCGAUGCGACAUCAGCAACCACCGACAGUCUGCAGACAACGCCCCCCUCGGCGCGGCGUGCGGCCGACGAAAUGCCUCUAGCCGACGCCUCGCUACCUCCCACCGUCCUCCAGCACACGUGCCUUGCCGCCUCCACCCUCCAGCAGCAGCUCGACGCGGCCGGGAGGCGCGCAAGAUCAAAAUUCGGGUGUCAGAAGUUGGCGGGACGCUCACAAGUCACCAGUCACAUGGCCGAGCUAACACACGCACCCGGUCCAUGACCGUGUCUUGAAGCUCGAGAUUGCCAGAAAGCUCGCUGGCCGUUGCAUGGACUUGGCCCCUGCACUCGAGAUGUUCCCUUGCGACAUCGAGCAGCAGCUCAGGCAGUCUCAGAUCAGAGUAUUGCAUGCUUGUAGCAAUCAGUAUUCUGGAGUGGUCACUUCGCCAUCAAGUUCAUCAGAAUCAGAUGAUGUACUCAAGCAUGUGCCAUCAAUCCCUGACCAGCUAAAGGACUGGAAGCAUGAUCUGACAGAAACAGAUGCAGACAGGUCUUUCUACCACGAGCAUUGGAACUCUGAUCUCAGACUUUUCAAUAGCGGUGAGGACAGGGCUUAUCAUCUGCUUCAGCUCCUUUUAAUCCGGACAGAGUUGGAGAUACAACACCUGCCAGGCGGCACGGUACAAGCUCUCCAGUCGUUGGAUCUGAUAAAAUCCCGGAUGAAAAAGAUCUUCCAGGGCUGCAUUGAAGGCAUCCACCAGAAUACUUCCAGGGCUGCAUAUGUAUUACCCAAUUAUUUUACUGCUAUAGUUCAGUUUAGUGUUACAACUGCAAAAAUAAAAGGAGCAUACGGUACAUAA